GCAAAAAUACCACGACAUAAAACACAAGCCGGUCUGGAAUCGGGCAGGGAAACAGAGCGAGUGGAAGACGAAGAGAAGGAGAAACCAAAAGAAAGGGGGAAAAAGAAAAGCAGCUAAAACCUAAAAGUAGACAAACACGCAUUCUUCUUGUCUCCCUCCCUUUCUCUUCCGAUUUUUUUUAUUCCAAAAAAAAUAAAAAUAAAGGAUAUUAUUAUUCUCUAUAUUUUUGCUGAAAAUAAUUUGACAAUUGACUCCUCACCCUCCAUUUUUUUUUCUUCUCGGUACUUUUUCCUUUAUGUCUCCUCAGAUCUAAACUUUCUCAGAAAUUUAGGGGCGAAGUCGAUUCGGCAUAUCAGCGACGAAAUUAGUAAAAAAACCGCCGGUCCGAUCCAAUAAGCCGAACUGAAAUGGAUGAUUUUCCAGGUUUGUUAGCCAAAGAUUUUGGGAUCAAACCCCAAGGCAAGUCGGCCCCGAUGGCACCUCCUCGAAACCCUUCUUCGGGUACCAAUAUCUCUUCGGGUUCCAAUUACGGGUUCCGAUCCGAUUUUACUCGAUCCUCAUCCGGCAACGCCAAGUCAUCAUCCAAUUCCAUUUUCGACGAUCACGAUCGCGACGGGCUCAUCUUUAACGACGUUUUUGGUGGACCCCCCAAAUACUCCUCUGAAUCUCGAGCCACAACUGCUCAAACGUCGUCUUUCGAUUACGACUCCAUUUUCAAGGACCCGAAGCCGCCGGUUUUUGACAAGCCUGUUUACGAUGACGAUCUUUUCGAUGGAUUGCCUGGGAUCAAGAGCUCUUCCUCAGCAGCGUCGGCCGCUAAGUACGAUGACGUUUUUGCUUCGAUCUCGGGGUCUUCGCCUCCUCCUAAGCACAGGUCCGUAAGCAGCUCGCCGUUUGAUGAGCUGCUUGGGAAUCUAGGGAGGAAAGAGACUGACACGAAGACAAAGAGCGAGAGAGUGAAAGCGGAGAAAGAUGCGCCUGUUUUUGAUGAUUUGCUUCCUGGUUUCGGUCGGAGCAGCUCUCCUGCACCUGCGAGGUCAACUUCAGAUGCCCACCGGUCCCAGAAACCAGCCUCAAAUUCAAUCAAGACUGGCUCCAAUUCGAUGGAAGACCCUUUUGUCGUCAUAGAAUCAACAUCAGUACCUGCAGAUUCGUCCUCAGGGUUGUUUACGGACCCCUUGGAAGAAAUAAAUAAAAUUAAUGGAUCUGGGAAGUCAAGAGUGGAGAGUUCAUCUGGAAGUGGGGGAGUAUUUGAUGAUAUAGAUCCUCUUGAUGGUCUUGGAAAGUCUGUACCUCCAGUGUCAUCUGAGAUCAAUAAGAGGGGGAAGGAUAGGAGCCCUUUAAGAACUGCAAGUGGUGCACAAACUCCUGCUAGUAAAGAGUCAAUUGAUGAAGAAUAUGAGCAUCAUACAAAGAAGAGGAUGCCAUCUGUUGACAGUUUUCUGGAAUCUCAUCAACCUGUUUUUGACAUGCCCAAUGUGUCAACCGAUUUUCAUAGCUCUGUUGGUCAAACUACUAGCCCUCCUCCAUACUCGAAUGUCAGUUCUAAUGACACUAGUUCCCAGGUAAAUACAACUCCUAGAUCUGAGGAGAACUUUGACACAUCUGAUGAUGUGUGGCUCACUGUAUCAGAGAUUCCUCUCUUUACCCAACCUACCAGCGCUCCACCCCCUUCAAGACCCCCGCCUCCAAGACCACCUCGAGUUUCAAAGUCAGAGACAGGCUCAUUUUCUUCCACAAAUGCAAAAAAGGUCAAUGAAUUUUCCUCUUUCCCAAAUUCAACUCAGUACUCGCACAGCUCGCAGUCAGCUCGUGCUGCAGGAAGAAGCUCUGUUACAUCUCAAUUUGAUGAACUUGAAGAUUUUGCAAUGGGUAGGGCCCGGAAUAAUGUUGAACAUGCUGAUGUUUUUCCUGGUGAUGAUUUUGAGACCAACUCUGUUGCUGCUGCUUCUGCUGCUGCCAUGAAAGAGGCAAUGGAUAGAGCAGAGGCUAAAUUCAGGCAUGCUAAGGAAAUGAGGGAGAAAGAGAAUUUAAAGGCUGCUAGAAGUAAAGAAGCUGGUCAAAUGGAUAAAGAUGAGAGAGCUAUGCAAGAUGCUUUGGAUAGAGAAUAUAGGGAAAAGCAAGAGAGACUGGAGCAUGAGAGGCAACAAAGGGAAAGGGAGGAGGAAGAGAGAGAGCAAAGGAGACGUGAGUUGGAGAGGGAAAGGGAGGAGAAGGAGAGAGAACAAAGAAGGCUUGAGAAAGAGAGGGAGCGAGUCAGGGAGAUGGAGAGGGAAAGGGAAAAGGCCAGACAAGCUGUUGAAAGGGCUACUAGAGAAGCACGUGAAAGAGCAGCAGCUGAAGCUCGUGCUAGAGCUGAAAGGGCUGCUGUUGGAAAGGCAGCUGCUGAAGCUCGAGAACGAGCGGAACGGGCUGCAGUGCAGAGAGCACAAGCUGAAGCCCGUGAAAGGGCAGCAGCAGAGGCAAGAGAAAGAGCAGAAAGAGCUGCUGCAGAAGCGAGAGAGAGGGAAGCACGGGAGAGGACUGCAACAGCAAAAAUUGAAGCUGAAACAAGGCUUAGAGCAGAAAGAGCUGCUGUGGAAAGGGCUGCUGCAGAGGCUCGAGAGAGGGCUGCUGCUGCUGCAAGGGCAAGCCAGCAAAAGAAUGACAAUGAUCUUGAAUCCUUUUUUAGUAUGGGUUCUCGACCAAGCAGUGCACCAAGGCCAAGAGCUAACUCUUCAGAUCCUCUGUUUGAUGGACAAAACAAGGGAGGGCCCGAAGUAGCUAGAAGAACAUCUGUUGGAUCCUCAUCGAGCAUGAGGAAAGUUUCUUCAACUGCAAAUAUUGUUGAUGAUCUCAGUUCUAUCUUUGGAGCUGCUGCAUCUUCAUCUGGAGAAUUCCAAGAGGUUGAAGGGGAAACUGAAGAAAGGCGAAGAGCCAGGUUGGAACGCCACCAAAGAACUCAGGAGCGUGCGGCAAAAGCACUGGCUGAGAAAAAUCAACGGGACCUUCAAGUGCAAAGGGAACAAGCUGAGAGACAUAGAAUUGCUGAAACGCUAGAUGUUGAGAUCAAGAGAUGGGCUGCUGGGAAAGAGGGAAAUUUGCGUGCUCUGCUGUCAACAUUGCAAUAUGUUCUUUGGCCUGAAUGUGGUUGGCAGCCGGUUUCUUUGACGGAUUUGAUUACAGGUGCUGCAGUUAAAAAGGCUUACAGAAAGGCGACUCUUUGCAUCCAUCCUGAUAAAGUCCAGCAAAAAGGUGCCAAUCUUCAACAGAAAUAUAUCGCAGAGAAGGUGUUUGACUUGCUCAAGGAAGCCUGGAACAAGUUCAAUUCAGAGGAGCUUUUCUGAGUUUGGAAUUGUUGAUUACGUAGCUCAAAAAUUCAUGAACUAUUCCUUGGAGUUGAAUGCAUGAUUGUUGAAGCAGCUAUAAUUUUCUUAUCCGCUGCUGUUGUCGUCUGCUUCGAUUUGAUGAUUCAUCGUAUCAGCUGUUAAAGGGUGGCACAAGGUGCUGCCUGCUUCAAAGGCCGCAGAGGUGCCUGAAGGGUGAAGUACUCUUCUUUUUGUUAAGGUUGAUCAAUGUACAUUAAUCUUUAUCCAGCUUAUGCACGUGGAAGUUGGAAUCUCGGUGUUAGUGUAGAUUAUUAUAAUUCAGCGAAUUGGUCAGUUCUAUCAUCCGCCCCGCCCCAUAUGCACGGAAUGAGGGGAUUUUUUGUGUUAAUUCUUUUACAAUAUUGUUUUUAUAUCUUUUUGUGGCAAAUAGGGAGCUAUGAUAUGUUGAGUGAAUACCUACAUGUUCUAUUGAUAUCAAAACAAUAGUAUGAGAUGUGUAUGAUUGUUGAGCUGGCUUACUCCGAUUCAUAUAUAUCAUCCAUUUUUUCUAUAA